AUGGCUAUCUUGAAAACUUACCUUCUCGCCCCAAACUUUACAACUCACCUUGGUGCUAAUGUCCAGCUCGGCACCAUCAUCGCUAACCCAUUCCGUCCGAGCAAGUGGAUAGGAAAGAUUCCACUCCACAUCGAGACCGACACCCACGUCGAAUAUGACCGUUCCAUAUCGCCCGGAGUGUCAGCUUCUAUGCACGUAAACGCAUUCGCCAAGUUCCUCGAGACAGCAAGCGGAACCAUUGGCUUGCAGAAGGACAAGACCAUUCUUGAUCACUACACUAUGGACAGUCUGGAAACCAUCUCCUACAAACGCGACAUCACCGACGACGAAGCUGCAGAAAUGGUCAGAGCCAAUAGCAACCUCCAAGAGGUCAUGAAGUCUGGCAUACUCGGUUCUGUCCCGAUCUACAUCGUCACCGGUCUGAAAGUCGCCAAAGGCUUUCACCUGACGUCUGAGGUCACAAAGAGCAAGGGAGCGAACAUUGGCGCAGAUAUACCAAUCACCGACCAGGUUUCAGCUGGUGCCGAGCUCAGCGUCUCGCAAACCAAGACGCUCAGUGAGCAGUCCUCGACCGCUCAGGACAUCGUCUUUGCCUAUCAGCUACAUGCAGUAGCCAACAAGGGCUAUUGGAAAAAGAGACGGGUUGAUAUCGAUAUCUACGCUCCAAAAGCAGCUGCUCUUGGAAAAGACACUCGCACGACGGAAGAUGCUGUUGCAGUUGCAGGGGCAACAACAGAAGAUUUUGAAGAGGCUCAACUGGACUAUGGCGACGUGGCUGUUACUGAGCACAAUGCAUACGACGGCAAGGGAGAUAUAUCGUGCAUCUGUAUCGCCUUCAAGGAACAGGCCUGA